AUGAGCAUAUUCUACGUCGCCCGGCUCUUGCUUCUCUCUUCCUACGUCAACGUGCUGCUCGUCUUUGUCCCGAUUGGUAUCGCCUUUGGCGCGAUCCACGGUUCGGCCUACCUGGUUUUCUCCUUCAAUUUCCUGGCCAUCGUGCCUCUCGCUGCUCUUCUGGGUUUCGUUACCGAGGAACUCGCAAAGCACGUCGGUCAGACUCUCGGAGGCCUGCUCAAUGCUACCUUUGGUAACGCUGUCGAGCUCAUCGUCGCUGUCGUUGCUCUCUCUCGGGGUGAGAUCCUGAUCGUCCAAGCCUCCAUGCUCGGAUCGAUUCUUUCCAACAUUCUUCUCGUCUUGGGAUGCUGCUUCUUUGCCGGUGGUAUGUACUACCAGGAGCAGCAUUUCUCAAACAUUGUCGCCCAGACAAUGUCGUCCCUUAUGGCGCUUGCGACCUCAUCACUCCUGAUCCCCGCUGCCUUCCGGGCGACCAUUGAUAGCGUCGAGGCAGGCGGCCUCAGCGAAGCCCGUAUGCUCGCCGUCUCCCGCGGAACUGCUAUCGUACUUCUCAUCAUCUACGUCUUGUACCUGGUCUUCCAGCUCAAGACCCACUCCGCUCUCUUCGAGGGUCUCGAGGGCGAUGCUGAGGACGAAGAGCCCGCCCAGAUCUCGGUUACUAUGUGCCUCAUCUCUCUCACUGCCAUUACCGUCCUGGUUUCCGUCUGUGCCGACUACCUCGUUGACUCAAUCGACUCUCUUGUCGUCUCCACCGGCUUGUCCAAGACUUUCAUCGGUCUCAUUCUUCUGCCUAUCGUCGGUAACGCUGCCGAGCAUGUCACAGCCGUGAUGGUGGCCAUGAAGAACAAGAUGGAGCUCGCCAUUGGUGUUGCCAUUGGUUCUAGCAUGCAGAUCGCUCUGUUCCUCACCCCCUUCCUUGUCGUUCUCGGAUGGGUCAUGGGCCAGCCUAUGACUCUCUUCUUCAGCACAUUCGAGACCGCUGUUCUGUUUGUUUCGGUCUUCAUCACAAACGCUCAAAUCCAAGACGGAACAUCAAACUGGCUGGAAGGCGCUAUGCUUCUGGGAACAUACAUGAUCAUCGCCAUCGCAUUCGCGUUCUACCCCUCUGGGCUAUAA